CCGCCAGAGCCCGCGCCCUCGGAGACCCGCCGCGCCCCAGAGCUCCAGGAGCCGCGAAUUCCGCCUGGGGAGUUUCCGCGGCUGCUUCCCGCUGGAAUCCAGAAGGAAUCUCGGAAAGGCCCGGCCCGGCGCGGGCGGGAACAGGCGCCUCCCUGGGAGCCCCCCCGCCCACGGGCUCCACCUGGCGCUGCUACCUGAGGCGCCGCCCCCGUGCCCGCGCGGCCCUUCCCGCCAACCGCCGCCUCCCGCCACCUGGAGCCGCCUGGGCCGCGCCGGAGGAGGCUGGUUGCCCAGGAAACCGCUAAGCCCGGGCUUCCCGCCGCCCGAGGGGCCCGCCAGCCUCCUCCCCGCAGCCAUGCGCCCCCGUGCGCGAGGCCUCCUGGGGACGCGGUGGCCACUGAGGCACCUACACCCGGAGGCUGCAGCCAGGCCCUCCGAGGAGGCCCAGCCGCGGGCGCCAUCCGGACCCAGCUCGUGGGACAGAGGCCCCUGCUGGCGGGGGAGGGACGGAGAGAGGGAGGCCGGACCAGGGCGACUGGGAGAAACCCACCAGGGACCCCCCGCCCCCAGCUCCUCGGAGAGAAGCCUUCGCCAGUGGGACCUUGUUGGGGGCGAGAGCUCCAGUCCCUCCGACCGCCGGUGCGCUGGGAGGGAGGCAGGCCUUGGGGCAUCUCUGUGUGCUCUGCCAGGUCCCCCACAGCGGCCGCGCCAGCGCCAUCCCGAGCCAGCUGCGUCCACGGAACCCCCUCCUGAGUCUCCUCUUGGGCUCAGCCUCGGGCUCUCGCCUCCCCUACCUCCAUGGGUGCCCACCGCCCGCACCCACGUCCCAAGCCUGGCAGCAGCAGCCGCCCCAGCCUGAAGGGAUCCUGAGGCGACCCAGGCCGCGGGCUCCUGAGACCCUCUGAAGGGUUGGGCGUGGGGAGACGCCAUUCUUGUCAGAGGAGCCAGCUGCCCUGCACCUACUGGGCCCGGGACCACUUACUCCAGAGGCCCCUACUGGGCCUGGGGACCACCCGCUCCCCAUUCCCGCGCCUGCGGGAGGCAACAGAAAGAGCCUGGACAGGGCCUGUCUCUACUCCAUUUUGCCACAGUUGUCUGAGAAGCCAGAAAAAGUUUUCAGAACUGCCAGCCCUUAAAAAAAAACAAAAAAGGAAGAGAAGAAAUGGGAGCAAGCAGCCCUCGUCAGCAGACUGGGAGCGGCGUGGGCCCAGAGCUAUUUGCAUUCCGGUCUGCGGGGGCUCAGGGAUGCUGAUGACAGGCCUGGUUCCUGGUGGCUCGCCCCCACCUGUGGGCGUCGGGAAGGAUCCUUCCAUGUCUCAGCAGCAGAGGAGGCCCUGGCAGCGUCCUGGCUGUAGCCAUGCAGUCCCAAGGAGUCCCGGUCAUCUUCACCCCACUGGGAGGGGCCACAAGGACCUGGCCCUCUGCCAGCAAGCUUUGUCCCCUCUUGCUGUAGGGAGCCAGUGAUUCUCCUCCGACCUGAUGAUUGCUUGGUUUUUUUCAAAAGGGGGAUUUGGGCGGUGAGAAGUGUAUUUCUGGUGGCUACUCCAGGCUCGCGUGCUGUGAGCCAUUGAAGGUGUGGCCUGCUUGAGUGCUAUGUAAGUAACUGGAUUGUCAGGUGGCACUAGGGGGCCACUGCUGUGUCAGUGCUAAUGAAAGAUGUUGGUUUGUUUCUCAAAUAAAGCCAAACAACCCUCCACGUGCAGAGGCUUGGAUCCUGAUAGAAA